UUUCACUUCAAUUUUAGAAACUACUUCCAGCUUGCAGUAUGCACACCAAGUACUCUAAGGACGACAUAAAGCGCUGGCAUCUCGAGCUCCAUCCAGACGUUGUGAGAGAGUUGGCUACUAACUCAUUUCCGCACCCCAUCAAACACGCUUUCCAUCCCACCCAUGCAAAUCUGACCCACACUCACGGGAGUGAAGUAAGAACGCAGGAAUGGACUUCCAGACAUCAUAGGAAACACAGACACAUCCAGGUGUCUCCGCGCACCAACAAAAAACGCCAUGAAACAACUUUGUUGAGGAAAAUGGCGCGUCUGCGGAAAAUCGAAUACUGGAAUAUCAGUUGGUGGGUGGCUACGAGCUUCACAUUAGGAAGCAUCAUUUGGGUCGUCAACGGCUUCACCUCCUGGCUGCCGCUCGUCAAUUCCCACUUUGGCGUAUCCCUAGUAAGCACGGGCGUCACCACCUUCAUCGGCGCGACCAUCUUCGAAAUUGGAUCCAUUUUCGGUAUGUGGGAGGCCUGGAACAGGGACGAUCGCGCCUCGUUUGGUUGGGCCGUUCACCAUAAUCAUGAUGAGGAGCGCGUAGAGGUUAAGAGAGAGGAGGUGGAGGUGGCUGUUGUGCAGCGGGGAGGGAACAAGCGCUGGAUAUGGUUUACGCUUGAUAGAAGGUAUUGGCGCGAGCUUGGGUUCUUGGCGGCGUUUUGCCAGUUUUGGGGUGCGACUAUCUUUUGGAUUAGCGGUUUUACCGCGCUGCCCUCCAUUCAAGAAGGCCUCUUGUCCAGGAAUGGCGUAAGAGACGGCGUGUUCUGGACACCACAAGUCGUCGGAGGCUCGGGUUUCAUCAUCAGUUCCACAUUCAUCAUGCUCGAAUGUCAACACAAAUGGUAUAAACCAAAACUCCGUGACUUAGGCUGGAACAUUGGAUUCUGGAACUUCAUCGGCGGCGUAGGGUUCACACUAUGUGGCGCAUUGGGGUACGGGUCUGCGUUCAAGAGCGGCGUGUUAUAUCAGAGCUCGCUGUGUACUUUCUGGGCCAGCUGGGCGUUCUUGAUAGGGAGCGUUCUUCAAUGGUACGAGAGUGUGAAUGGUGUUCAAUGAAUUUUGACGGGGUUGUCGAUUUUUUUGUACUAGUAGGUCUGAAGAUUCUUUGCUACUCUGGUUCUG